AUGUGGAGUGCGUUCAUAGCACUCGUGUUUGUUGGCGUCGAUUACGCCUCAGCACACAUCUAUGGCCAUAGGCACAUACAUCGAUCGAAUGGGUACAAUCUACCUGCAGACGUGCUAGAGCCCAGAGACUUGAACCAAUUUGACGCUAUCCACAUGCCCACUGAUCCGUCAAUCGAAUUUCGAACCCUCACUACGACUGUAUAUGCAGAUUGUGUGGAACUUGCUACCACAUCGGCUUUCCUCCGUAAGAUUCUAGAUGUGCCUGUACGGGAGCCAACACAAGCCAAGUCAGAAUAUUCUCAAGUCAUGGCUCAUUGGUCUAAGUCUUCUGCAUUUGAGCCGACUCCGAAUGUCCUCACGACUAUCACUGAGAUAGAUGUUGUGACUGAGGCGGGCAUUAGCACAAGAAAAUCUCAGUCAACAUCAUUUCCCACCCUCGAAAGUAAUACUGCGAGCACUGGCACACGAGUUCCAAAGCCUUUGAUUAUGCACGGAACUGCACGACCUACGUCAAACACAAACAGAACAGAGUCACCUAGUCACUUAGCCAGUGUCAAUGGUGGUACAGCGAGUACUAGUACUAGAAGACUAAGUCAUUCCAUCAAUCAUGGCAUUGCACAACCUACAGCAAUCACCUCAACUCAUACUUCUGCAUCUGCUACCCAUCUCAGUCCUACAAAAACACGGUCCAGCACCAGUAGAACUGCUAUAAAAACGGGUUCUCACACGACCAUCGGGUCCAUAAAGCAUGAUGCUCAGCGACCUGUCUCUAACAAAACCAGAACAGAGUCUUCACCUCACAGCAAAACUGGUGCCACCGGUGGCAAAUCAAUCACUGGCACUAAAAUACCAGGCCAUCCAACGAAGCACGGUAUUGAGCGACCUGUACCAACCACCACAAACCGUGAGCCUGCAUCUGGUAUCGAGCCGAAUUCUGCGAAGACACAUACCAGUAUCACAAGCCGCCCUACAGAAAUGGGAACUGCCUCAUUUAUACCACCAAUUCACCAUUUUGAAGACCGACCUGUAUCCGAAACAACUCACACGAAGCCCGAACCUGGCCUCCUAGGUCUCCCCCGUCUGCCAGACAUACUUCCUGCAACAGCAGUACUUGAAAUUCCAUCGGAGAUAGGCGAAGCCCUUGAUCCACAGAACUCGCCUCUCCCAGAUGACAUGCAGUGGACAUCGAUUCCAAAAGACGGAGCAUUCUCUACAGAUGGAUUUGGAGGACGCACCUUGCCAAAAGGCACAGAGAUCGGAUACAAAGGCAACGUCGGCAUACCAUGGGGCAGCAACAUAAUCGCCGUCAGCCCGACUGAAGCACACCGGUACAAAUACGUGGUCCAAUUCUCUGGUCCCAAAUUCGAGCCCUGGACAGUGCUUCUUUGGAACAAAAUUGGCCCUGACGACAAGAUAGAUGGGUGGUAUGGGCAUUCUGCCUUGGAGUUCGUUCUGGCACCCGGUGAGACUGAGUACGUUGCCUUUGACGAGGAUUCAAUAGGUGGAUGGGGUGCAGCACCUGGGAACAGUAUUCCUAUUGAUCAGUUUGGUGGAUACACCUCUACUUGGGGCGAGUUUUCGUUUGGUGACAAGGAGAAUAAAGGCUGGUCGGGCUGGGAUGUUUCUGCAAUCCAGGCACAGAUUGCACAUCAGGAUGUACAAGGGAUGCGCAUCUGUCAGGCUGAUGGGAUGGGUUGUUCGAUUAUAACGCCUCAAGCUAAGAAUGUGGUCAAUGCUUAUACGGAGUCACAACGUCACGAAGAUGGGAUUGGGGGCGCUUCUUCUCCUGGUCCAGUUCGAUUGGUGGCUCAGCUUGACUAUCAAGAGUAG